UUUCUUUCUUUCUUUCUUCCUUUAUCUUUCUCUCUCUAACUUAUUACAAAACAAACGCUCUUGUUUCAUCAUCAUGACCCACAACACCACCAUGAAUGGACUCUAGACCUCACUUAUGGAACUGGGUUCAGGCUCUUUUUCUGACGGUGGUGGUGGUGGUGGUGGUGGUAGUGGUGGUGGUGGUGGUUCUUCAUCUUCUCCACUUAACUCUUCCAGUACUGAGUCACUUAAUGGUCUCAAGUUUGGUAAAAAAAUCUACUUUGAGGAUGUGGGUAGUGCUUCCGGGGCUCCAGAUAAAGCAUCCGGACCCGGUUCUGGGUCCGGGUCAGGGAAGAAAGUGAGAAGUGGUGGUGGUGGUAGUAGUGGUGGUGGAGCUGUGCAAAGUGGGCAGCCGCCAAGGUGCCAGGUGGAGGGCUGUAAACUGGAUCUAAGUGAUGCUAAGGCUUACUAUUCUAGGCAUAAAGUUUGUGGCAUGCACUCAAAGUCUCCCAUGGUCAUUGUUGCAGGUCUCGAGCAGAGGUUUUGCCAACAGUGUAGCAGAUUUCAUCAGCUUGCUGAAUUUGACCAAGGAAAAAGAAGUUGCCGCAGGCGCCUGGCAGGCCAUAAUGAGCGCCGGAGGAAGCCACCGCCUGGGUCAUUGUUAGCCACUCGCUAUGGCAGGAUCUCUUCUUCUGUCUUUGAAAGCAGCAGCAGAGGUGGAGGAUUUCUUGUCGACUUCAGUGCAUACCCAAGGCCUGGUGGGAGGGAUGCUUGGCCAAUGGCAAGAAUGCCUGAGCGGGGACCUGGGAAUCAAACUACUGCAACAGCAAGACAUCUUCCACAACCACCGUGGCAGAAUCAUUCUGUGAAUCCUCCUGAUCUAUUCCUGCAAGGCUCAACAGGUGGGACUGGUUUUUCCGGUCCUGGAAUUCCUUCAGGUGAAUGCUUCACGGGAGUGGCUGACUCAAGCUGUGCUCUCUCUCUUCUGUCAAAUCAACCAUGGGGCUCCAGACACCGAUCAGUGUGUCUUGGAGUGAGUGACUUGAUGCAUGCGCCAGGUGCAUCCAUGACUCACCCAACGUCGCCUCGUGGUACAGCUGUUAAUCAAUAUCCAAACAUGUCAUGGGGUUUCAAGGGCAAUGAAGCCACUAGCAGUUCACAGCAAAUGCCCCCUCAGCUUGGUUUGGGACCAAUGUCACAGCCUGUAAACAGUCAGUUUUCUGGUGAGCUCGAGUCAUCUCAACAAAAUCGGAAGCAAUAUAUGGAACUCGAGCACUCCAGGGAUUAUGACGACCCCACACAGCAGAUGCACUGGUCACUUUAAGUGCCCCCUUUUGUGUCCCGGUUCUUAUGGAACAUGAAUAACCAGAACUUGUGGCAACUCCAGUUAGUCAAUGCACUGGUUUUGUGUCUGGUCUUAUGAAUUAGAAUAAUCUCUUGCAAACAAUCCAGCAGGUGACCUUGUCUUUUGUUUUUGUUGAGAUAACAACCAAACUGACUAUAGGUUUAUGUCCUUAAAGGUUGUGUAAUCUGAACUACUGAUAAAACAUCUGUGUUUAAGCCUUGUUCUGUCCAACUAGCAGUUAGCUAGUGUUUGUUAAGUAACAAGUAGCUGAUGUUGGUCUAAAAUCGUUGU